AUGAACCCAAACAUGUUUGGUUCUAACAACACCACCCAAACUAAUCACAUUGCUUUACAACAUCAGGAACAACAUGAGCAGAAUUUGUAUCUACAUUUCCCACAUCCUUUUCUCGACCACGAUGACCUGUUUUUAACCCACAUUUUGUCGUCCCAACAGUUCUUCAUUGGUGCGGAUUGUUGGGGAGAACGAGAACGAGAACAAGAACGAGAACAAGAACGAGAACAAGAACAAGAACAAGAACAAGACCAAGACCAUGAUCAGACCAAGCAAAAUUCGGAGAAGCCAAGGAUUGAAGUAGUGAAGCAGAAGAAGAAGAAAUGCAGUGGUAAUAGAAAAAAUGGAAGCUCCGGAAAGAAAACAGGGAAGAAGGACAGACAUAGUAAGAUCUACACAGCACAGGGCCCAAGAGACCGUAGAAUGAGGCUGUCCCUUCAAAUUGCGAGGAAAUUCUUCGACCUUCAAGACAUGCUAGGCUUUGACAAAGCUAGCAACACCAUCGAAUGGCUUCUCUCUAACUCAACCUCCGCAAUUAAGGAUCUCCAACACAGCUUAGCCAACAACAGCAACAACAACAGCGGGCAUAGGUAUGGUGGCAGUGUGUGUUGUGGGUCGACCGAGGGCGUGUCAGAGAUGAUUAGGGGUAAUAAUGGUGGUGGCGGAGCUGCAAAAGAAGGUGCUUUUAUGGGCACUCCCAAACACAAACAGAGCAGGGCAUUACGUAGGGUGGGCAGAGAGUCGAGGGAUAGGGCAAGAGCUAGGGCAAGGCAAAGAACAAUGUUGAAAAAAACAGAACAACCCAUUUCCAAUCUCCAAGAUGUAAGCUCAGUUGUUGAUGAUCUCUCGGAUUUUGCAUCAAUCCGAAGUAUUUUGUGA